GAAACUAGAAAUUUCCAUGCUUUCUAUGCGUGGAAGCCAAGCACCUCGGUUUUCCCGUACAUCUCCUUGUAAUCAUUACCCCCUCCCAAUCCGUUGAUUCUCUUUCCUCCCUCCUCAAGUUUAACCCUUCUCCAAGGGGCCUUUAUAUAUGUACCUCCACCUUCUCGUUUUGCAUGACAAUAAACCUUCUCUAUCUCCUACUUCAUUCCAGCAACUUAAUUUAUUCCAUUUUUGAGCUUCUAACUUAUUCUGAUUUAGUUCAUUCAUUGAUUAAUUGCAUUUGUAUAUUGUUCUACUGAACGACGGCACCAGGGAAGUAUGGCCUCAGAUUCAGUUGACAGCAUGUUGUUAAUGUGCACGAAACCCGAAAACGGCGAAGAAUUGCAACAAGAGAAGAAACCAAGACCAGCAGAUGAGCAAGCAUUGAAAUGUCCAAGAUGUGAUUCAGCAAAUACAAAAUUCUGUUACUAUAACAACUAUAGUCUCACUCAACCAAGGUACUUUUGCAAGUCUUGUAGAAGGUAUUGGACUAAAGGAGGAACCCUGAGAAAUGUUCCAGUGGGAGGAGGGUGUAGGAAAAACAAAAGAUCCUCAUCAUUAAAUAAAAGGAGUACCCCUGAUUCUCAUAUCGAUCAAGUACAUGAUUUCAUAAGACCCUUAUGCUCAACCUAUGAUCAAAACCUGGCUCUUAAUCAUGGAAAUACCCAUCUUGACCUUUUUGGUAACCCAAUUGGUAACUCUUUCCUUGAUUCAUUGAGGAGUGGCCUUAUUGACAAUAACCAUCUCAUGUACUAUGGACUAGAGGGAAGUGGUAAUUUCGGAAAUGGCGAAAACGGUGUUGAUUCAAACUAUGAAGAUCGUGGUAAACUUGGUAUGCAAUUUCAUGAUGAUCAUUACACUAAUCUAGAGAUAAUGAGUAAUGGUUCUUCGGGUUCGUCGACACCAACAGUAAAGCAAGAAUUGGGUGAAAACGUAAUGCUAUGGGGUUUCCCUUGGCAACUCAAUGGUGAAGUGAAUUAUACAAAUGGUGAGAAUAAUGAGAUUGAUUUACUCAAAGAAGGCUGGAAUAGUGCUAUAGUUGGCUCUUCUUGGAACAAUCUUCUUAAUAGUCCUUUGAUGUAGUUCUUAGAUUAAUUUCUUUAAUUAUAACGCCAUAUUGUGAAGACCAUCAAAAGAAAGAGAGAGACUCAUAUUUUUGGUUUCUUCUCUUGCUAAUAUGGGUGUUUUUUUUUUUUUCUUAUUUCCUAAAUUUAGGAGGGAGAGGGGGUUGUUUAGGUAACUAUAUAUCUGUUGUUUCUUACUUUUCAUCUUCACAGAUACCUUAGAUUUUGUUUAGGCAUUUUGUUCUUGUCUUAAUGGGUAAAGUAACGAACUGUGGGUUUAUUUCGUAUAA